GAGCUCGCACGCCCUGGCUGGCUGUUGUUGUGUUGUCUGGCGUGGGGGUGGGGGUGCAGCUCUCCCAUGCAAGAGUUGUCCCAAGACCUCUACUAGCUAGCUAGCUGCUGUCUGUGUUCUGACUCUAAAACUAUCCAGAUCCGCUCGGGUCCAGUCGGCUUGGUAAAGUGGUUUUCCGAAGGUGCUCGCGAAAGCCUGAGGCUUUGGCCCCUGAUGAUUUGGGGGUGGUCUCAUCUCUUUUGUCUCCCCUCAUCCUGAGCGAAGCCCCCCCUGUCCCCUCAAACACACACGCAUUCAAACCUCGGCGAUGACACACCAUUCCAACAAUUCAGUUCGAGACCAUAUGAAAUGGGCUGGGUUGCUGGGCUGCGAGGCGGUGCUGUCCAGUAUGGCCUUGAUGCAGGCCAACAACAUCCCAGGCCAGAAGAAGGUGAUGUCAUCCUUGGGUCAGGGCCACAGGUCCAGUCCUGAGAGCCACCACUCGCAGCACGGCCACAACCACCACGGCCACCAGGUUCACCACGGACAAGGCCACCACAGCCACAUGGGAAACCAGUCGGGCGGGAGCUGCCCACCUCUGCUAAUCCGAAAAGACGGAGAUUAUCACUCAUCAAGGAUAAUUGAGAGUAAAGAUAUGCAGACAAACCAGAAUAUGCAACCCAAGAAGAAGCACAAAAAAUCUGGGUCCUCCAACAAGGUGAAAGAGAAAGUGGAGCAUAUCCUGCCGCCGAUUGUAAUGGAUGAUGACAACUCCCUGAAAGUCCAGAAGAAUUUCAUCUGCGAUCACUGUUAUGGAGCUUUCCGGAGCAGCUACCACCUGAAGCGACAUAUUCUCACGCAUACAGGGGAAAAGCCCUUUGCUUGCGAUGCGUGUGAAAUGCGGUUUAUUCAGCGCUACCACUUAGACAGACACAAGAGGGUGCACAGCGGAGAGAAGCCGUACCAGUGUGAUCGCUGCCAUCAGAACUUCUCGCGGACAGACCGCCUGCUGAGACACCGACGGUUGUGCACAGUUGGGGUCAGCAAAGAGGAAAACCAGUACUCCCAGGAUGCUCCUACCCAUACAGCUUCCUGGAGUCCCUUACACCCCUCCAGCAACCGUCUGACUGUCUGAUUGCUUCCUGACAGCAGUCUGCAUCUCAACACAGUCACCCAACCUAAAGAGAAAGCCUAAUCCAAGGGCGACCAAACUUUAAUUUGCUUUCACCUGCUCAGUUGUGGAGCUUCAUAUUGGAUCUUUGUACUUUUUUUUCUUUCUUUUUUUGUUUACUUAAUUCAUGUCUCAAACAGGAGGGGAUGGAAUAAUUUGGACAGCAGGUUACAACAGCAAAAACUGAAAUGACUGGACUGACAUGUGUUUUGAAAGUUUGCAAAUGCAUCUGUUUGGAGUUGCUACCCAAAAAAGAUUUUAGCUGCACGUAAUAUGUAUUUAAUCCCAGUUCAACCCCAUUUUUGCCCCCUUUUUGUAUUUUUUCUAAUCUGGAUGCACCCACUGUAACAUCCAACAUUUUAGCGUGAAGUCCUGGUUGUCACCUCUGUUCUUCUGCUGGAAGGCAAUAAGCUUGUAGGUGGUUCCUGGUACGUUCUACCUUUAAGAAAAAAGUACCCCGCCCGUUAAGGUUACAUGAAUGUAUACAGAUCUACAGUUCCAAGUUGUUGUCAUAGAGAAAGAUUUCAGAUAGUGUCUCAUUUUGAAUAGAUAUUACUUUCUUUUUUUUUCAUCUGUAAAAAAAACUUCAGCGAUGAAUUUAACCUCCUACCUUUUAAUCACUGGAGAAACAGUCAUCAAUAAUAUGUAAAUAGUAAAAACAAAAAACAAAAAAACACUAAAGGUUUCAACUAAUCCAGCAUUUACUUAGUUGUGUAGCUCCUGUUUGCGCACAUACUCAGAAAUCUACUUUGUUUUAAAGAUAUUUAGUCCUGAUUUUUAUUAGCAAAAACCGUUAGUUGUAUUAAUGUAAAGAUGGACAGGUUUAAUAGAAGCCCAGAUUUUAUAAAGUCGGUGGAUAGUGACCUUUUUUUUAGUCAGUGGAUGUAGGAAUCACCUGUAGAAUGAGGUGUUUCCCUGACAUGCUUCUGUAAAAUGAAUACCAUCAUAAAAGCCAUUUUUGCUGUAACUUUUCCUUUAAACCACUGUAUGCUCGUUUUUUUUCUUAACAGUUAAUAUUUGAUUAGAUUUAUUUUUCCUUUUCCUUUGUGAAGUACUUGGGGAACGGAUGAGCAUAGUAUUCAGACUUGAAAUACUCCGAAUGCACGCUCUCUUAAAUCUGAGAAAUGUAGAAAUCAAUUGUCAUAUUUAACAUUUCCCACCUCUUUAUGUUUUAAUCCCGAGACUGUGACAGUGGCUCCAAUAAAUCCUAUUCAUUUAAAAAAAAAAAAGCCAACAUAGAUUUUAUCCAUACGUUUGGAGCGCUGACCUAUCCAUGACUGAACAUGAUCAGACUGCAGUGCCACCUCAUUUCAUGUCUCAUUUAACUCAACUGCUUUCAGUAAAUAUGGAUGACUUCUGUUUGUAGAGACAAAGUGCAGGCCUGCAUGCAGUUAAAUCAGACUGUAAACAAUGAAUUCACUCAGAUCGGUUGUAAAGUUUAAAUGUGUUUUAUUUUCGUUUAUACUUUUUCCUUUUUAGACCCCAUUUUCUUUUUUUUAAUAAAUCAUAGACAAGUAGCACUGUUGCUAUCAGGCUUUUCGGUUGUUUGUAGGGAGUUUGGGACCUGCCCUUUUAGUUUUUGAUGUUUUUCAAAAAAUGUUUUCCAAUUGUUGAAAUAGUUUGCCAGACCUCUGAAAGUAAACCAGUCUUGACAUCAUUAGAAUCUUAAAAUCUUCUUUUCUUCCCAACAGCUUAAAAAAAAAAAUGGACAUCAACUUUGGAAAGAAACAAAACAAAAACUGCGACUUGUAUCUUUUAGUGUUUUAUCUAUGAUUAGUUGUUUCUAUUUUUAUUUGUAUUUUUAUCAUUUGCAUGCAUUUCUUAAAUGAUCCUUGUAGAUUUUUUUUUUUGCUUUGAUUUUUUUAUGAAAGCAUCGACCAGUUUUUCUGUUCAGGACUGAAGUGAAGUCAAUUCUGACUAGAAAUUUAGUGCUGAGUGGCAUUUUAAGGGUCGUGUUAUUUUAUUCUAUUUUCUGUCACCUGUGACCAUGCUGUUCAUGUAAUCUACAACAAAUUGAACAUAAAUUAUUUUGUGUCAAUGCAGA